CCCAUUAUGCCGUGUGCGCGCGCGCGCGCGCAAAAACCGCUGGAAGGGACACGCGCGGCGGCGGGAACCCGCGUCCGGUGAGCGAGAGAGCCGUCCGGUAAACCGACGACCGGGAUGAGCCUCAACAUCAGCCCGCGUUCACGACAAAACCCGCUCAGCAGGCAGUGUGUUUGUCAAAGCCUUUCACUGAACGAGAGCUUUGAAAUGAAAUGAAAGGAGCAGGACUCGUCGACCGGCUCACUAUCACCAACUGAGAGUUCCAGCUCUUCUGUGGGCGGCGUCUGAGAUGCGAAAGCGUCUUUGGCCGGCGUUUGGCGCUGAGGCAUGUCUUUAAGAGCGUCUCCUUUCCCCAAUUUCUUCCUGGAAGGUCUCCACGCCGCAGGAUGGGCUCUGAUCUUCCCUUGCUUCUGGUUCCUGGACCGGCUCCUCGCCGUCUGCGUGUCCACCAGCCUGGAGCGCAUGUGGCGGCGCGAGAUGGAGUGCUACCUCCACCCGCUCCAGGUCGUCUUCGGCUCCGUCCUCUUCCUCGCCCUCUUCGUGAUCUCCACGCCGUUCGCGCUGCUGGGGUUAAUGCUGUGGGCGCCGCUGCAGGCCGUGCGGAGGCCGUUCGCGUACCACCGCCAAGAGCGGAUCGUUCCCAUGGAGGAUCGCAACGCUAGAUGGGAAGAGACCGGGAAGGUCAGCUUCGGGUUUUUGACGGGAAACCUGUGCUUGCUUCCCGACGGCGUCGCGCGCUUCAACAACCUCGGGCACACGCAGAAACGCGCGGCGUACAUCGGCAAAAGCAUCGUCCAGGGCGUCACCCGCCCUCACAUACGCAUUUUCGUCGACUCGCCCAGCAGCUGCGGCACCGUGACGCCCUCCAGCAGUUUGAUCCCGCAGCCUCCGCCGCCUUCGUACGGCUCCACGGCGGCCAAUCGGACGGAAGACGUUGGCGAAACCGACGCCCUUCCCAAGCCCAACUGCAAUCAGAACUCCAACCAGAGCAAGAAUCCGCCUCGGACGCUCUUCCAAGACUCUCCGGUGGAAGUGUCCGCCCUGUUCCCGUCCUCCGUGGACGUCGUUUGUCUCCAGGAGGUUUUCGACAAGAGAGCCGCCGUCAAGCUCGCGCGGGCUCUCGGGCCGCUCUACGGACACGUGCUCUACGACGUCGGCGUCUACGCCUGUCAGCCCGCUGGGACGUGCUCGUCUUUUAAGUUUUUUAACAGCGGCUUGUUCGUGGCUAGCCGCUUUCCCGUGAUGGAGGCGGAGUACCGGUGCUUUCCCAACGGACGGGGAGAAGACGCGCUGGCUGCCAAAGGACUGCUCGCCGUAAAGGUGGAAAUCGGGUUACGGAAAGGCGAGAAGAAGAUGGUGGGGUAUAUUAACUGCACUCACCUGCACGCUCCUGAAGGGGAGGGAGAGAUCCGCUUCGAGCAGCUCAACAUGUUGACUAAAUGGAUCAAUGAGUUCCAGGCGGUGACCAGACGAGAAGAUGAGAUGGUGAUGUUCGACGUGCUCUGUGGAGACUUCAACUUUGACAACUGCUCUCCCGACGACCGGCUGGAGCAGAGCCACGGUGUGUUUGAGGACUACAUGGACCCCUGCAGAGCCGGAGCCGGCCGAGAGAAGCCCUGGGUCAUCGGAACUCUGCUGGAACAGCCGACGCUGUACGACGAGAACGUCAGGAGCCCGGACAACCUCCAGCGGACUCUGGAGACCGAGGAGCUGCGUAAGAACUAUCUGUCUCCACCGGUGCCCGUCGAAGGCGUUCCUCUGGUCUAUCCUGAGCCUGACCAGCCCUGGACGGGCCGCCGGAUCGAUUACCUGCUCUACAGAGACAGCUCUGUCUCCAGCCACGGCAAAACGGAGCUGGAGGAGUUCACGUACGUCACCCAGCUGGCCGGACUGACCGAUCACGUUCCUCUGGCCUUCAGGCUCUCCGUCUCUCUGGACUCGUGAGCCGGACCGGCCCGGUGACACGCUGUAGAUCAAAUAGUUCACCCUUAUUCAUUCACGCUCGUAUGGGUUUGAGGAUGAGUACGUGAUGACAGAAUCUUUUUAAGGGAUCAAUAAAAGAGGAGGCCUCUCAUUUCGAAAUGCUUGAGAAACACCAAAUAUAACUUUAUGAAUCACUAUAUGCCCGAAGCAAUAGCUCUCUCUCCUAUGCAUCUUCUCUCUGUACGGUGCCAGUAAUCUGAGUUUGUCUAAGCAUAGAUGUUACACUCAUAGGGAAAAUUCUGUUUGUUUGUUUUUUCAUGACGACACAGAAAUAAUUUUGGAAAUAUAUUUUAAUAAAAGGUAGGAUUUUUUCA